AUGGAGACUGAAAUGAGUUUUUCUCAAUUGGCUCCUCCAGUCUUUGAUGGUGAAAAUUACCAACUGUGGGCAGUGAGAAUGGAGACUUACUUGGAGGCUUUAGAUCUUUGGGAGGCCGUGGAAGAGGAUUAUGAUGUUCUUCCGCUGCCUAACAAUCCCACCGUAGCCCAGAUCAAGAGUCACAAGGAAAAGAAAACCAGGAAAUCAAAGGCGAAAGCAACUUUGUUUGCUGGGGUGUCUGCAACAAUUUUCACGAGAGUUAUGGCUCUCAAAUCAGCAAAAGAAAUCUGGGAUUAUCUGAAGGGAGAAUAUACAGGAGAUGAAAGAAUACGAGGCAUGAAGGUGCUGAAUUUAAUAAGGGAAUUCGAGUUGCAGAAAAUGAAGGAAUCUGAGACUGUCAAAGAAUACUCAGAUCGGUUGCUUGGCAUUGUUAACAAGGCACAAGAGCAAAGGAGGCUUAUGAGGCAAGAUGGUAUGGUUGAAGGAGCCCUGGCAGCCAACCACAAAAUUCAAAGCAAGGGUAAUAAUGUUAAAAAAAAUUACCCGCCUUGUCAGCACUGUGGCAAAAAAGGUCAUCCACCAUUCAAAUGUUGGAAGAGGCCAGAUGCAAAGUGCAAAAUUUGCAACCAACUUGGUCAUGAAGCUGUAAUUUGCAAAGGCAAAUAUCAAAAGCAUGAAGUAGAUGCCCAAGUCGCCAAUGAAGAAGAAGAAGAUCACUUGUUUGUGGCAACUAUUCUUUCAACCAAAAAAUCUGAUUUUUGGUUGAUUGACAGUGGUUGUACCCUGUUUGUGAUCCAAAGAAAGCACUAG